CACUGUGUUCAGCUGCUGAAGAGAGAAUCUGCCUGAGUUUGCUCUGCAGCAGCAUUUGACUUCAGGUGCAGGAGAAGCUGUUUAUCACAAUGAGGUUUCUGAUCUCUCUGUGUGUGUCUCUUCUGCUGCUGAUUAAUGGUGAAAUAAUCAAUGGACAAACUUCAGAUCCUACCACUUCCAGCUCUGAUCCAUGCUAUAAUUAUAACACUCUUGAUGACAGUUGGAGAGAAAUACAACAAUAUAACUACUAUGACUAUGAUGACACCCUUGUUGAAUGGAGUGGCUGGUAUCGUCUGUAUCUGAAUGGAGAAAGUGCCCAGAUGUCUGAGUGGUGUGUGAGUUAUAUGGGAUGUGGUGGUUACACUGCGCUGUAUCUCAAUGGCUCUCAUCCAAGAGUUGAGGAUGGAGUGGUGACCCGUGAAGUCUUGGGAACUUCUUCACGGUGGGAGUGGUGGAGUUAUUCCAAUCAGUGUGGCGCCUACACAUCCACGUCUAUCCAAGUCAAAGCCUGUCCAGGAGAUUAUUAUGUCUAUGAAUUUGUCAAACCCAACAUAUCAGACCCCAGUCCUACAUAUUGUGCAGUUGCCUUCCAAAGCAUCAGCAGUGACCCCUGCUACAACUAUGAGUCUCUGGAUCGUCCCUGGAGAGCCACCAAUGAAAGUGGAAACUGGAUUUGUGAUGAACGUUUCUCCUGGAAUGGCUGGUACCGGCUUUUCUACUAUGGAAUGAACAUCCAGAUGUCAGAGACCUGUAUUAGUUCAUACAGCUGUAACACAGAAUAUAGUCUAUGGCUCAAUGGUCCUCAUCCUCAGAUAGAGGAUGGAGUGGUGAUCAGAGAGGUCUGUGCAGGGUUUUAUUGGAGCAGCUGUUGUGAAUACAAUACAAACCCCAUCAGAGUUAAAGCAUGUCCAGGCAAUUACUAUGUCUAUGAACUUGUGAAUCCACAAUUCUGGUGUUCAGGAUACUGUACAGAUGUCAGCACCAUUUCACAGGUGGCUCCCACUGUAAGUCCAGAUAUAAUCACUGAAUCCAGCAUCACCUUCAAUUAUGACUCAUGUGAAAACUACAAUGUGAUCGACAACUACUGGAGAAGCACAAGCAAUUACUGGUCUUUGUAUGGAUACAUCGCUGAUUUUGAUGACACUCGUGUUGAAUGGGAUGGCUGGUAUCGGCUCUUCAUUAAUGGAUCAAAUGCUCAGAUGCCUGAAUGGUGUAUAUCCUUCAUGUCAUGUGGAGGUUUUAGUUCUCUGUGGCUUGGUGAAUCUCAUCCUCGGCUAGAAGAUGGAGUUGUUUCACGUGAAGUUUUUGGUUCUCACUAUGAACAGUGCAGUUAUUACAGAUCUGAACCAAUCCAAGUCAAAGCUUGUCCUGGAGAUUAUUAUGUCUACAAAUUUACCAGACCAACAGUCUCAAUCCCAGCUCCUGUGUAUUGUGCAGUUCCUUCCUCCACCCUAAGUGUCGAUCCCUGCUACACCUAUACCAGUAUGGAUGAGCCUUGGAGAGCCACAGGAAACUCUAGUACCUUUUAUUAUGACUUGUGUGAUUAUAAUGUGGAGUGGAAUGGCUGGUACAGGCUGUUCUACAAUGGUGAAAAUGCUCAGAUGCCAGAUUCAUUUGUAAAUCAAGACAUGUGUGGCAAUUAUCAACCACUGUGGCUCAAUGGCCCUCAUCCACAGCUGGAAGAUGGAGUGGUCACUCGUCAGGUCUGUUUGUCAUGGAGUGCCAACUGUGAAUACAAAUCCCACCCUAUAAGAGUCAAAGCCUGUCCUGGAAAUUACUAUGUUUAUGAGUUUGUCAAGCCAAUAGUUUGUGGAGUUUACUGUGUAGAAGCCUCAAGUCAGUCCAUCCCAUCAGUGUCUACAACAUCAGAGACAAUCCCAUCCGUAGAAUCCAUUACUCCACCAAUCACAACCAUUGCUCCUGUUGACCCCUGCUACAACUACAACAUCCUGGACAAUCCAUGGAGAGCCACCAACAAUCAACAUUCCUCUCUAAUAAUGUGUGAUGUUUGGGUCAGCUGGAACGGCUGGUACCGUCUCUUCAUUCAUGGUCAGAGCGUUCAGAUGCCAGACACAUGUGUUGAGGAGUAUAAUUGUGGCACUAAUGCUCCACUCUGGCUGAAUGGAGGUCACCCAACAGUUGAGGAUGGAGUGGUCACUCGAGAUGUCUGUGGUCACUGGAACAAUGACUGCUGCCAUUUCCAAUCCAAUCCCAUUAAAGUCAAAGCCUGUCCAGGAGAUUAUUAUGUCUAUGAGUUUGUGAGUCCAACUACGUGCAGUUUGGCAUACUGUGCAGAUGCAAGCAACAUAAACACUACCUCUACUACUGGCACGCCAGAUACAACCACAGAUACUACAAAUAUGGACAUUAUAAUUGGUUUGCCAGUGCAGCUGGGAGACUCUUUCUGGAGUGAUGCUGCCUGCCAGGAAAGAUGCACCUGUACCACAAGAGGCCUCCAAUGCAACGUUUGGCCCUGUACUUAUUCCCAAGCUUGUCGUCCUGCUGCUUUCCAAUACUCUUGCCAGAACAUUCAGCGGCAAACAUGCACCAUCUCUGGUGAUCCUCACUACUACACUUUUGACAAUCAGAUUUUUCACUUUCAAGGAACCUGCACAUAUGUUCUCUCUGAGGCUUGUGGAAAUGGUUUGCCGUACUAUCGCAUUGAGGGAAAAAAUGAGCAUCGGGGUAGCACACAUGUGUCAUGGACUCGAAUGGUCAGAGUAUUUGUUUAUGAUGAAGAAAUUGAAUUGGUUAAAGAUCACUAUUAUGAGGCAAAGGUUAAUGGGACCUUUAUAGCCACGCCAUUCACCCUCCACCAUGGCUCCAUCCAAGUCUAUCAGUCUGGUUUUUCCUUGGCCAUCAGCACUGAUUUUGGUCUCCUAGUUACAUAUGACGCAUAUAGCUACGUCACCAUCUCUGUACCUUAUGAGUACCAGAAUGCCACAUGUGGUCUGUGUGGAAACUAUAACCUGCAUCCUGAAGAUGACUUCCGUUCAAUCUCUGGGGAGAUCUUGAGCUCAGAUGUUGAUUUUGCCAACUCUUGGAAGGUACAGGGAGACACAGAUCCCGAAUGCCAUGAUGUCAGGUGCACAGGUCUAGGUUGUGCAGUUUGUACUGCCAAUGAAAUGAGCCUUUACAGUGACACAAAUCACUGUGGGAUUCUAGGAGAUGUUUCAGGGCCUUUUGCAUCUUGCCACUCUGUGUUUUUGCCACAGACCUACAUAGAGAACUGCGUCUAUGAUCUUUGCUUAGGAGGAGGGUACCAGCCCAUUUUCUGCCAGGCACUUAAUGUGUAUUCUGCUCAAUGCCAACAGCAGGGUGUACAACUAGGGCACUGGAGACAACCAGGCUUUUGUGAGAUUCAAUGUCCUGAGCACAGUCAUUUCGAGUCCCAUGGAACAGGCUGCCCAGCAACUUGCAGCAACCCCUCCGCCCCAAUAAACUGUCCCUUGCCCAAUCAGGAGAGCUGCUUUUGUGAUGAUGGGCUCAUCCUCAGUGCUGGGCAAUGUGUGCCUGAAGCAAACUGUGGCUGUGUCUUUGAGGGCUUCUAUUAUCCUGAGGGACAGUCAGUAGUGUUGGGUGAGGACUGUGGGAGGCAAUGUGAUUGCAAUAGCAGGUCAAUGAUGUGCAAUCAGCACCAGUGUGGUCCAGCAGAAGUGUGUGGACUCCAUAAUGGUGUAAGGGGUUGUAGACCCAUAAGUUAUGCUACCUGUUCAGUUGAAAGCCUGGGUUCAUACCACACCUUUGAUGGACAAACUUUCAGAUACCCAGGAGCUUGUGGACUGACCCUUGCAAGAGUGAUGGGGCCAUCCCAACUGCCAUACUUUGUAUUGACAGUGGAGAAGGUACCUAGAGGCAUUCAAGAGUUUUCCAGGUUCCUGAGGUUUGAGGCAGGAGGAACUCAUGUUUCCAUUGAAUUGGGAGAAGGUAGCAAUGUGCAGGUGGAUGGACAGAUGGUUGGUCUACCCAUCAGUGUUGGCUCCAGUCAGAUCCAUAUCUAUCACAGCAGUGCAAGAGGAUUUGUUUUGGAAACAAACUUUGGAGUGACCGUUAGAGCUGACUGGCCACACAUUGUCCGAAUCAUAGCUCCAACCACUUACAAUAAUACACUUGGAGGUCUGUGUGGGAACUUGAAUGGAAAUAUUGAUGAUGAAUUCUACAGCCCAGAUGGUGUCCUGCUGGAUGACUCCCAGCUUUUUGCAGACAGCUGGUGUGAUGGGUCCCUGUCAGCUCACUGUGUGGAUUCAACAGACAUGUGGGAACCAGGUCUUUAUCAGAACAGGAGUGAGUUCAGUGAGCACUGCAGCAUCAUGGUUAUGAAUGAUGGACCAUUUGCUGAGUGCAGCAGAACACUAGACCCUUGGCAACGGAUUGAAGAUUGUAUUCAGAUGCUGGAGCAGACAGAUGGUGCCAGGGAGGCUCUAUGUGAGGCCCUACGAGGCUACACACUGUACUGCCAACAGAAUGGCAUCACAGUUGGAGAGUGGAGGAGUAUCACCAACUGUGAUCCCAACUGUCCAGCUAAUACCCAUUACGAACUGUGUGGCACAUCCUGUCCUGCAUCCUGUCCUAGCCUCUCAUUUCCCUUCCAGUGCACGCUGCCAUGCCAGGGGGGAUGCCAGUGCAAUGAUGGACUGGUGCUGGAUGGAGACCGCUGUGUUUACCCAACUGGUUGUGGCUGCCACUAUGAUGGGCGCUAUCGGCAACCUGGAGAGCAGUUCUGGCAUGGUGAAGAAUGCCAGUUCCAGUGCGUCUGUGAUGGAAUCACUGGAAAUGUCCGUUGCACACCAUCAUCUUGCAGUGAACAGGAGAUCUGCCGUGUGGUGGAAGGAGAGUAUGGCUGCCAUCCUCGUCCACAUGGUAGCUGUUAUGCUUCUGGAGACCCACACUAUAUCUCUUUUGAUGGAACCUAUUUUGACUUUCAAGGCCCGUGCCGAUAUGUGCUAGCCAGAGUUUGUGAUGAUGCUCAUGGUCUACGGCACUUUCAGGUGGAUGCAAGAAAUCAAAGAUUGGAUAGAUGGCCAGUGUCGAUAACUGUUGAAGUUUUUGUCAAUGUGUCUGGGCAUCUUGUGCACAUUUCCCAGGACAUGAACAGUUAUUUUGCUGUUAAGGUUGAUGAAGAGAUCAGAAACCUCCCUGUCUACCUUGACUCUGGUCGAGUAUCUGUCUAUUCCACAGGAGGGUUUACAUAUGUCUCAACUGACUUUGGUUUCACUGUCACUUAUGGUUUCUGGGCAGUAAACAUUGUUGUGCCAGCAGACUACAGUGGAGUUGUGUGUGGCAUUUGUGGAAACUUUAAUGGCAAUCCCGGAGAUGAUUUCCUCACUCCAUCAGGCACUCCAGCACCUUCAGUAGACCAGUUUGGGGCAGAAUGGAUGGUUGAGGAUGGCAUGCCAUGUAAUGAUGGAUCUGGAAACACUUGUCCUGACUGUUGCAGAGAUGAGAUCACGACUCUUAUCUCACAAGCCUUGUGUGAAAUCAUCAGGGACAUUCAGGGUCCCUUUAGCUUCUGCCAUGGUUCUGUAGAUCCACAAGCCUACUUUGAUAGCUGUGUGUUUGAUGUGUGCACUUCUGAGAACAACAAUGAUGUUUUGUGUCACUCAGUUCAAGCCUAUGCGAGUUCUUGUCAAUCUGCUAAUGCCGUUGUCUAUCCCUGGAGAGAAAAUGCAUCCUGUGUCAUGGACUGCUCAGCAAACAUCCCAAAUAGUCAUUAUGAGGUGUGUGGCACAGACUGUGGCCAUACAUGCGCCAGCAGCAUUGAUGCUAGUUGUGAACACACAUGCUCAGAAGGUUGUUUCUGUGAUGAGGGAUAUGUGAGGAGUGGAGGACUCUGUGUGCCAGUGGAGCAAUGUGGCUGCUUGUAUGAUGGAUUCUAUUAUAAUAUUGGUGAACAGUUCUGGGAUUCAACAUGUUCCCAACGCUGUCAGUGUUUUGCUCCAAAUGAUUUACGCUGCUCUGCAUCUGUCUGCCCACCAGCCUUGGAGUGUGCAGUCAGAAAUGGACAACGUGACUGCUACAGUCCAAUGUCCACCUGCACAGUCUGGGGCGAUCCACACUACAUCACCUUUGAUGGAGCUGUGGCUCACUUUCAGGGAACUUGUUCAUAUGAGGUUGCCCAGACCUGCGGUAAUGUUACAGACAGUGAUCUGGAGUUCCGUGUGGUGGCCACCAACAGGCACCGUGGAAACAUGGUGGUAUCAUUUGUGUCUGCAGUGGAUGUUUGGUUGUCUCAGCAUGGACAACAGACGCACAUCACAAUUGGCCAAAACAGGAUAGUUAAAGUUGAAGGGAAUGCCAUCGACACACCAGCAUAUCAAAACAAUGAUCUUGUAGAGAUACGUGAAGAGCAGGGAUUCGUGAUUCUAAAUGCUUUUAAUGAAUUCAUUGUCCAUUUUGAUGGACAUAGCAGCCUUCUAGUCAGAGUGAGUGAAAGAUUCUAUGGAUUUCUAUGUGGAAUGUGUGGAAAUUUCAAUGGAAAUCCUGCAGAUGACAAAGUGCUGCCCAGUGGAGACCCCGCUCCUGAUGAUGAUUCCUUUGGCCACAGCUGGCAAUCAGACACCAGCAUUCCAGGCUGUGGUGCCAGAGACCAGACAGGUAAUGCUGGUGAGUGUCCAUCCAGGCAGAGAUAUUCUGAUCUCUGUAGUAUUAUCACCAACACCACUGGCCCCUUCCAGAACUGCCAUCUUCAUGUUGACCCUGCACCUUACUACUACUCUUGUGUGUAUGAUCUGUGUCUGUACACACGUGCAAAUGGCAUGUUAUGUUCAGCUGUUGAGGCCUAUGAGACAGCUUGUGCCAUCUUGGAGAUACAGAUCCCAGAGUGGCGCUCGGGUCUGCGGUGUGAUGUGAGAGAUCGCUGUUCUGAGCUCAGCUGCUCUGAGGAUGAAUGGUGUGGGAAGAAAGAUGGUGUUUAUGGCUGUAUGUGUAACGAUGACCUACCCAGAUCACAAGCUGACUCUUUUGAUUUCUCAGAAAGCUGUGAAAGCAGCUCUGGCUCCAUGUCCGUGUCUCGCUGUCAGCUCUUUGAGGCUGGUUUUCCAGCUGAUGUCUUGCACCUCAAUGAUCCCAGCUGCAGAGGAACGGUCCGGAAUGGCAGAGUGGAAUUCCAUUUUGAUAACGAUGAACACAUCUGUGGCACAAAUCUCGUGGCCAAUGGCACCCACUUUAUCUAUGAUAACUUUAUUCUGGGGACACCGAGGUCAGAGGGUCUCAUCAGCAGAGAGAAAAUCCUCAAGCUUUCUUUCAGCUGUGUUUAUCCACAAACACAAACACUUUCCAUGAAUGUGGAAAUCAACCCACUGGAGAGUGUUGUGCACAAGACCCUCCCGGCUGGUGAAGGCAGAUAUCAGGUGCGGAUGAUUCCAUAUGAGGAUGAUGAGUUUACUCGGCCCUUCACUGGUAGAGUGGAUGCAGAGCUGGACCAGAAGAUGAAUGUGGAAGUUCGUGUCGAGGGGGUUGACAGCCGUCAGUUUGCUCUGGUGAUGGACACGUGUUGGGCUACACCUGUGAAUGAUCCUGAUUACAGUCUCCGCUGGGAUCUCAUCAUUAGAGAGUGUCCCAAUCCAAAUGAUGACACAGUGGAGCUGCUGCAGAACGGCGUCUCGACAUCCAGCCGUUUCUCCUUCAGGAUGUUCAUCUUCACUGCAAACUCCACUAAGCUUUACCUGCACUGUGCUGUUCACCUGUGCCUUAUGUCGAGCAAUCGCUGUUCAACGGACUGUAAUUCUGGACAUCACUGGAGAGAGCGCAGGUUUCUUGAUUUCCAUGACAGUGCUUCCAUAUCCAUGGGUCCUUUGACUUUGUCUGAAGGGAACACAGAUAAGUGGGUCCAAGAUCAAGUAAAGGAAUCUGAGGCUUCUUCUCUGUGCGCUUCUCUAAUGCUGUUACUUUUUCCUCUGUUCAGUUUCUUGACCCUAUUUUAAUGUUUUUCUUCAUACAUAAUGUAAUCUUUAAUAUGCAUGAUUUCUAAUGCCUUUUUAAUGAAUAUUCUAUGGUUUCUUAAUUUCUCCUUGUUACAAAUGUUAUUUUAUGUUCCAUAAUGACAUAUUUAAGCAUUUACAUUAAUUGUUAUAUACUACAUUAAUCUUAUUAUACUUCAGAGGUUGUUUUACAUUACCAAAAACAAUCAGAUUCUUGUAUUAUUGCUCAAUCAUGCAAAAACAUUAAAAAGUAAUUCCUGUUCUGCAAUUGCUUUUCAAUUCAACAUCAUUUUAUAACAAUUGGGUAGCAGACUUUUAGAAAUAUGUGAUACUGUGAUCAGGGUCAGACUUUGGUAACGUAAAUAUAGAUAUGCAUUUAUUGAAUUUAUUAUAAGGAAUAUAUAAUAGGGACACAAAAAUGCAUUUGAAAUGAUCUAGAAUGUAAUAAG